UUGUUGUACGUACUCAGCAUAUUUUAAUUACAGAUGUAUCGUUAAAAGGUUAAUUCAAUGUGUUGAAACCGAAACUCAGUUUCACAUAUCAAUUUGAGCCACAUCAAUGAUAGUUAGACGAGUUAAAAUGUUUUUUAGAUUAACGAAACUGAAACGUUUUUUUGCCUAUGCGGUAAUUGUGAAAUUUUUCUUGACGCUGUACCUCAUACAUUCGUACAUCGAUUUUAAUUCAUUUAGCUUUAGCUCGCCAACUGUCCGCACGGAACCUUUUCCAAACGAUGCCUUAACAACACCUAGAAAAUACCAUUCCAGUGUUUUACAUGAAUAUGUUCCAGCAGUUCACGUGCCGAAUGCACCAGAUCUUCCGGGAGAGUUGGGUAGACCGGUAGAGCUUAAUUCCAAGGAAGAGGAGGAAGGGAAGCGAAGAUUUAAGGAACAUGAAUUUAAUGUUGUCGUGAGCGAAAUGAUAUCUGUGAAUCGGUCGUUGCCCGAUGUACGCGUACCAGAAUGCUUAACGAUAACAUAUCAAUCACGCCUACCGACUACGUCCAUCGUUAUAAUAUUCCACAACGAAGCUUGGUGCACACUAACUAGAUCGAUGUGGAGCAUAAUAAAUCGUUCACCAAGGAAACUUUUGAAAGAAAUUAUUCUAGUGGACGAUAAAAGUACGCUCGAGCACUUGGGUGAUCAAUUGGACGAAUAUGCAAAAACGCUGCCAGUGCCGGUAAAAGUGGUGAGAAUGGAAGAGCGUUUCGGAAUCGUCAGGGCUCGUCUGCGUGGAGCCAAAGUAGCUACGGGUGAAGUGAUAACGUUUUUCGACUCUCACAUUGAAUGCGGAGACGGUUGGUUGGAGCCGCUACUAUCUCGGAUAACGGAGAAUCGUCGAAUUGUGGCCAUACCGGUGAUUGAUAUUAUCAGUGACAAAACUUUCGCCUAUAAAGAGGCAAAUAUUAAGGUGUAUGGCGGCACUGAUUGGAAACUGUAUUAUCAAUGGGUAGACAUACCGAAGAGAGAGAAAGAUCGAAUAGGAAACAGCAGCGUUGCGCCACUCUAUUCGCCCACUAUGGCUGGCGGUCUCUUUUCAAUUGAUCGAGAGUUUUUCUACGAUAUCGGUUCAUACGACGACGGCAUGAUAAUAUGGGGAUCGGAAAACAUAGAAAUGUCUUUCAGAGUGUGGAUGUGCGGUGGAGUGCUGGAACAAGUUCCCUGCUCUCGCGUUGGACAUGUCUACAGGAAAUUAUCUCCUUACCCGUAUCCAGAGGGACAGAAAGGAUUUGUUCAGGCCUAUAACAAAAAUCGGCUUGCCACUGUAUGGUUGGAUGAUUGGAUCGAAUUUUUCGAUAUAUUGAAUCCGGGUAGGAUUGAAACACAAUCAGAAAUUGAUGUCAGCAGCAGAAUAGAUUUUCGAAAAAAACUGAACUGCAAGAGUUUCCAAUGGUAUGUGGACAAUAUCUAUCCAGAAUUUGAUACGAAAAAGGAUAUUACAUUCAUGGGACAAAUUCAAAACGUGGCAACGAACACAUGCCUAGUGGCAAAUGGUGACAAGACCGAUAUGGUCCUUUACACUUGCGCCGUAUCAGCUGCAAACCAAAUAUUUCUCGUAACAAAACGGAAAGAAAUUCGUAAUUUUGAUCAGUGCAUCGAUGCUGCAUCGGCCAACGCGACCGUUCAAACAUGGCAAUGCCAUAAUUUGGGUGGAAAUCAGCAAUGGGAAUAUAAUGAUCAAGAUAUGACUUUGCGCCAUAUUACCGGAAACUGUCUACAACGUGACGGUUCGAAAAGCAAGCUCGGACCAUGUGACGGAAGUGAUCAACAAAAAUGGACGUUAAUAAGCAGACAAUCUUAAGCAAAAGUUUGGUUUUUUUCUGAGGUUUUAAACAAUUAAAAAAGAAAUUGCACUGCGUA